AAUCGAACAUAUAACCGUUUCAAUGAUUUUCCGUGGUUUUAGACUGAUCUACUUCUAUGGCAAAGACUGUGAACGCAUUAAACCAUGGAUAAAGGAAAAAUGUGCCAUAAAUUUAUGUAGAACUACGAGAAGUUUACACACUUUGAAUGCUGCAGCCUCAAAAUAUAAAAAGAUUGAGUGUGGAACGACGGGAAAAAAUAAAAUACAGAAUCGUUAUCAAAUAGGCGUUUAUGAUUAUGUAUUCGAUUUAGUUAAAAAGAAUGAUAGUGACAUAAUCGAUAUUUAUGAUUUAAUUGAAUUAAUGAAUAAAGCUGGUAUAUCAUUGAAUGAUCCAAGAUUAGCAAAAUUUACAAAAGCAUUAAAUGAAUUACAAGGUAAUAAAAUCAAUCGAAAUGUUCUACAAAGUAAAUCAUUAACGUUGGAUAGAGAAACAUUUCGAAUUGUAGCGACAGAAAAUCUUCAUAUGUUAUUACGCAUUAUGACAAAUGAUUUUUGUAUACCAGAUUUUGAAUCCUUUGCAAGUGAAAUUCAAACAGUUUUUAAUUUAUGCAAAGAAAAUACAAGUGGUCAAGUAGCCAGUUAUAUACCAGAAUUAAAAGAAAUGAAUCCAAACUAUUGGGGUUUAUCAUUGUGCACUGUAGAUGGACAACGCUUAUCCAUGGGUGACAGCACUAUCCCAUUUACAAUACAAUCUAGUAGUAAACCAAUUACAUAUGCAUUAGCUUUGACCGAUUUAGGUCCACAACAUGUUCAUCAAUAUGUUGGCUAUGAACCAUCAGGAUUACCAUUCAAUCAAAUUUCUUUAAAUCAUAAAAAUAAACCACAUAAUCCCUUAAUAAAUUCCGGAGCAUUAGCUAUUUGUAGUAUACUACAACCAAAUUUAAAUCCUUCAGAACGUUUUAAAUAUGUUGAAAAUAAAUUUAGUCAAAUGGCUGGUGGAUUACCAAUGGGAUUUAAUAAUGCUGUAUUUUUAUCAGAACGUGAAACAGCUGAUCGUAAUUUUGCUAUUGCAUAUUAUAUGAGGGAAAAUAAAUGUUUCCCGCCAACUUUUGAAUUACGUGAAUUAAUGGAUUUUUAUUUUCAAAUAUGUUCAAUUGAAGUCACUUGUGAAUCAGCUGGUAUUAUGGCUGGAACAUUAGCAAAUGGUGGUAUUAAUCCAUUAACAAAUGAAACUGUAGUAAGUGCAGCUGCAGCACGUGAUACUCUAUCUGUUAUGCAUUCAUGUGGAAUGUAUGAUUAUUCAGGACAAUUUGCAUUUAAGGUUGGUUUGCCAUGUAAAUCUGGUGUAUCCGGUAUAAUCAUGGUAGUCGUGCCUAAUUUACUUGGUUUAGCUGUUUGGUCACCACCGAUUGAUAGACAUGGGAAUUCGGCGAGAGGUAUACAAUUCUGUCAAGAACUUGUUCAUAGAUUUAUCCUUCAUCAUUAUGAAAGUCAUUUACAUUAUGAUAAAAAAAUUGAUCCACGGAAACCACGUGAUUCUUAUCGAACAGAUGCAGUUACUACAUUAUUAUUUGCUGCUAGUAAUAAUGAUCUAUCAACUCUGAGAAGAUGUUUUAUCCAUGGAGUAGAUUUUAAUUCAGUUGAUUAUGAUGGACGUACUGGUUUACAUGUAGCUGCUAGUUGUGGUUCAUUAGAUGCUGUCAAAUUUUUUAUUGAAGUUUGUGGUGUAACCCUUAAUUCAAUUGAUCGUUGGGGACAUACACCAUUAACAAAUGCGAAACAAUUUGGUCAUGAACAAAUUGUUGAAUAUUUAGAAAAUACAUAUUCAAUCUAUUUAGAUAAAGAAGAUAUUACAGAAUAUGGACAUGAUGUUGCGUAACCAUGGUAACAGUAACAGGGAAAAAGGAAUUAGUUGAAACGUUGAAUAUCGUAAAAGUAAGAAUAAAAUAAAUCAAUAAUUCCAGAAUCAUUCAUCCAUGGAUACCAAAUUGUGUAAUACAAGUAAUAUCCUCAUUGAAUUCGAUUAUUUCUAUGAAAAUUUGUUUAUUUAAUUUUUAUUUUGAAAUUUAUUCAUCCAAAUAAUAAUAAGAAGAAUAAAAAAGAACCUAAUGAAACAUUAUUAUUUUCCUCAAAUCAGUUAUUAUUUAUUAUUUUCUGAUUGUUAUAUACUACUACUACUACUACCACUGUUACUAUGACUACUAUUGUUGCUGUGAGUGAUACGAUUACUACCAUCACUAUCACUACUACUGUUACUCUUACUAAUAUCACUAAUACUACUGCUAUCACUAUGACUGCUACUAUUACUACUAUCACUAAUACUACUACUGUUGCUACUACUACUAUUAUUACUAUUAUUGGUACUACUACUAUUACUACUACUGUUACUAUUACUAGUAUUACUACUAUCGCGAUUACUACUACUAUUAUCAUUAUUAUUAUCAUUACUAAUUAUGGUAGCAAUAUCAUGAUUAUAUUUCUUAAAUGACAUUCGUAUUUAAUUAAAGUGACUAAAAGAUCAUCUAAUAUAAUUUCAAAGUAUUUUAUAUUUGACUUUCGAAAAUAAAUUACAUGUGUAUUUAUCCUAUUUCUAAUAAGAUUUUAUGCAUUUAUGUAUCAUAAAUUAGAUAUUACUUACAAAAUUAACUUACGUUACUUAUGUCUGUUACCCCCCCCCAGUGGAGCUUGGACUGCGGAUCAGCAUUUUUCAACCAAUUUUAUCUUAGACCUUCCUUCUUUCUAGUUCUAUUCAAUUAUUGUUUAUUCUAUCUCAUAUCUAUCUUAUUCUUCUAAAAAAAUUUGGUGAAAUAAUAAGAAAUGAA